AUGAGCGUGGAGGCUCUCGCGCAGGAGCUAUUGGAGACGAAACGAGAGCUCGGCCGACUGAUGGAGACGGUCGAGAACCAGAACCAGACGAUCACAGGGCUCCAGACGGAGCGAGCCGACGCAGAUGCAGCGAGUCGGCAGCAGUCGACGAAGGCUUUCGCCAACGCGAUUAUCGGAGACAAAGGGAAGCCGCCGACCUUCGACAACACGAAGAAGCUAGACUUCCACGACUGGGCGUUCAAGUUCAAAGCGUACAUCGGCAACCAGAGUCGGAAGUGCUUAGAGGGAAUGACCCAGGUCGAGUACAGCCAGAACCAGCUGAACUACGCCAACUACGAUGACGAGUGGAGACAGAUGGCGCAGUCGUUGUUCUACCAGCUCACGAUGUAUACGGAGGGCGCCCCGCUCGGCAUCAUCCGCAAGGUCAGUAACCAAGACGGAUUCGAGGCAUACCGCAGGCUGAGCUCCCAGUAUGACCCUCAGAACAUGGGCAGCAUUCUAUCGAGACUGAUGAGGGUGCUGGAGUUCGACUUCGGCGGAGAAGCGGAUUUCCUCGACAACAUGGCGAAGUUCGAGAUCUCGAUCGAAGAGUGCGAGAAGCUGGCGAGCGAGGCCCUCAGCGACAACAUCCGCUCGGCGGUCCUGAUCGCACGAGCCCCUGAGGCCUUGAGGAACCACGUGCUGCUGGGGACACCCAAGGAGGAGAUCCAGUGGGCGAGGAUCAAGAAGGUGGCCGCCGACUUCCUGCUCACGAAGCAGUCCAUGCCUGGUGGCCCUGCGCCGAUGGACAUCGGCGCCAUCAACAGCAAGGGCGGAAGAGGAUACGGCAAGGCCAAAGGCAAAGGCAAGGGCAAAGGCGACGACACCAGAGGUAAGGGCAAGGACAGGAGCAGCGGCGGUGGCAUCGCCGGCGGAGAAAAGAAGGACUGCUACGCCAAGAUCCACAACGUGAGCACCUGGGACGGCAGUGGCUGGGACGGCAACACCUGGGACGAGAAGUGGGCGAGCUGGGACACCACCAACGAGAAGGAGAAGGGUGCGGCCUCCUCCCACGAGGACGCCAGCGCCUCCAUCAGUGCCAACGCCCUCCAGUGCUCCGAGUGCGAGGACGCUGCGUGGAUCUUCGCCGUCGGCGCGCUUGAGGGCCCGAGCGGAACAAGAGUUGGCCAGACGGUUGACAUCAUGGUGGACACUGGCGCCAACAAGUCGGUGACGCAACCGAUCCUGAGUGUCAACAGCAUCAACAAGGCAGGAGUUGGGGUGGAGUUCCCACCGCCAGGCUCGACGGGCCCACCCUCGAUCACGCGGGACUCGAGGAGCGGGCGAUCGCGGCUUGGGCUGAAGAGGAGGCUCGGCCUGUUCUUCCUGCGCGCGACGGUGAUGAGCUACGUCGGCACCAAGAUCGGCGCGGACGACCUGGUCGUCUACAACACGGCGACGGGCGUCCCCGAGGAGUACAUCGCUGCGCAGGUGGACCAGCCGAUGGAGCAAGAAGUCAGGCCCGAGGCUACGGUGAUGACGGCCCCAAGGGAGCCGACACGAGCCGAGAGGGAGGCUCACGAGGCCCUCCACUGUCCAUACGCAGCGUGGUGCGCGGACUGUGUAGGGGGGCGAGGCCUGGACGACAGGCAUGAGAGGAUCAAAGAGGUAGAGGGUGUGCCUGUGAUCCAGAUCGACUACAUGUUCGGCAAGACGCAUCGUGACGAGAAAGUGCACCCAGUCAUGAAUGCCAUCGACAACGUAUACCACUCUACGGCCUCGGUAUGGUGCGAGGCGAAAGGUGGAGGAGACCUGUUUCUCCUGAAGUGUCUCAAGCGGUACGUGGAGAAGCUCGGGUUUGAGAAGGUUAUCAUCCAGUGCGACCCCGAGAAUGCGGCCAAGGACGUGGCGGCCAAGGUUGCGAGGGACAUCGGGAACAACGCGACCUUCAGGUACACACCGAAGACGAGCAAGGGGAGCAACGGCAUGGUGGAGAGGUUCCACUCGUUCAUCGAGGGUAUGACGAGGACCUGGAGGAGAGCCAUUGGGGCAAAGUACGGUAUCGUGAUCGAGUUGAGGCAUCCCCUGAUGGCCUGGCUCGUGCGCCACGCAUCGUGGACCCGCGAUCGCUUCCUCAUCCACCGCUCCGACUACAAGACGUCCUACGAGCGUCAGCACGAGAGGCAUUAUGCCAAGAAGGUUCUACCACUCGGCGAGACGGUUAUGUGGAGGCAACCUGGGCCUAUCGCCGCCAAGUUCGAAUCCGCGUGGGGAUGCGGCAUCUACCUCGGGCGGUCGUUGGAGGGCGACUCCCACAUCUGCGGCACCAGGCGCGGCAUCGUCGUGGCGAGGUCCGUGCGGAGGCUCGUGGGGAGCGAGCGCUACGACAAGCAGCUGCUCCUGGCCAUGAAGGGCAUCCCGAGCGACACGAAGGCGCCGAAUGCAUCCACGCCAGUGGCAGACAGACCAGCCCCCGACCUCAACCUCCCGCAGCCCGCCAGGCUUCCGCGACCUGCGGGCGCCGCGCCCGAGGAGGGGCAGGCAGGCCCCCAGGAGGGGGAGGUGAGGUUCGAGGAGCCGCAGGAGGGGGGCCCAGGCGGCGCCGAGGCAGCUGCCGACGGCGACGAGGCCAUGGACGACGUCGAGCGGGCCGCGGCAGAGAGCGCAGCUGCACCUGAGGUGAAGCGUGCAGCAGUCGAGGAGCCUGAGAGCUCGGCUGGCAAGCGGGCCGGCGAUGAGGCGCCUGCGGAAGGCGAGGCGCACAAGGAGAGGAGAAUUGGUACGGUGAAGGUUGGCAGCGUGUCCGUCGCCAACUUGAUGGGCUACCCCGACGACGCCGAGCUCUGCACGCCGUGCGAGCUCGACCCCAACUUCGAGCUGCUGAGCGAGGCGUACUACGACGACGACGACGGUGAGUGCCUCGACCCCGACGCCGUCCGCGAGGAGAUCAAGAGGGAGGCGAACUUCAUGGAGUCCCUCGGCGUCGGUGAGGUCGUGGCGCGACCCCGAGACAAGAAGGUGUGGGGCACGAGGUGGUGCCACCGCAAGAAGGGUGAGGGGGUCCGCAGCAGGUUCGUCGUGAAGCAGUUCAGGGACGCCCAGGCGGGGGAUUUCUUCGCCUGCACCCCGCGCACGGAGGCUGUGCGCGUGCUGAUGGCGGCGGCGCUGAUGCUCAAGCACGUCGUCGUGACAACGGACUUCAGCGUGGCGUUCAUGCACACGCCCGUGAAGGACGGCACCGAGAUCUACGUGGAGAUGCCGCCCGAGUACGGCAUGGGGCAUGGAUACGUGUGGAGACUGAAGAGGUCUCUGUAUGGGCUCAGAGAGGCAGCGCUACGAUUCCAGGAGUUCCUGGAGAGCAUCGUGGUCGGGAUUGGAUUCAAGGUCUGCAAGGCGGAGCCCACUAUAUACCAUCGCAUCGAGAAAAGCAUCAGGGUCGUGGUCCACACGGACGAUCCUCUUGCCUCAGGUCCCACGCGGGGAGUGUUCGACGAGUUUUUCGACGAGCUGGCCAAGCACCUCGCGAUCAAGGGGCGGUACGUCCUGGGCGAGAACCCCGUGAUCUACCUCGGCUCGUCGCUGCAGAGGUUCGGGGACGUGAUCGUGGAGAAGAGCAAGCCCGGGUACGUCGAGAGCAUCCUCGACGCGGCGGGGAUGCUGGGCUGCAGGCCUGUGGGCACGGCUGGGGUCAGGCCAGACCUCACCCCGCCCGGAGCCGAGCAGCCGCUCAACAGCGAGGAGCACUCGCUGUACAGGAGGUGCUGCGGGAAGAUCCAGUACGCGAUCCCGCGGAGGCUGGGCGUGAUGUACCCGCUGAAGGAGCUCGGUCGUCGGCUGAGCGAGCCGAGGGUGGCCGACAUGAAGUGCCUGAAGCACCUCCUCCGCUACCUCAGCGGGACGGUCGACCUGGCCAUGGUUCACCGCUCCACGAAGGACUACAAGCGCAUCCGAGGUAGCACCGACUCGGACUGGGCGGGAUGCCACGAGACCCGCAAGUCGACAGCAUGCGGGAUCGUGCGGUGGUGCGGGGUGGUCGUCAGUGCCUACGCCCGCGCGGAGUCCGUGCUCGCCCAGUCGAGCCCUGAGGCCGAGUACCUGGGGGCCGUGGAGCUGGCGGCGGAGAUGCUGUGCGUGAGGGAGCUCGUCAAGUUCAUGGGCUUCGACGCGUCGCUGGAGAUCGAGUGCGACGCGUUCUCCGCCAUCGCGAUCGUGAAGUGGCUAUGGCUCCAGCAGCUAGUCGGUGCGGGCCAGAUCAAGAUCGUGAAGGUGAAGGGCACGGAGACCCUCCCCGACGUUGGGACGAAGUUCCUGGGGAGGGGUGCGGUCGAGAAGUGCCGCACCAUGCUUGGUCUGGUCCCGAUCGACGCCCUCGGGAAUGGCAUCGUGGCCGCCCUGAGCGCGUCCCGAGGAGCACGGUACCUGGCGACGUUCAUGGUCCUCGUGAACGGCGUGAAGGCCCAGCCAGCCACGCCCGACGGCGGACCCGACCCACACCUGGCGAUCGUGGUGGUCUGGUCGGUCCUCUGCAUGCUCGUGGGCGUGAUGCUGUGCUGGUGCGGCUGGUGCAUGUGCCUAUACCUCCCGAGGUCAGCUGCAGGACGGACGGGCAAGGGCUGCUCCAAGGGUCAGCCCAGUGAGAGCUCGGAGAGGGGCCGAUCGGAGCCAGAACCCGAUCCGCCUCCAGCACCCGACGCUCCCCGCGAUCAAUGUCGGGAGCCGUCGGAGCCGCGUGGCAGGGGCGUGUUGCUGUUCCACCUGGACACGGUCGGGGCCUCGAUCCACUCGAGUCCGAGCUGCCAGGCUCUGCGCGAUCGGCAUCACCCGCUGGUGACGAGGAGCGGUUGCCUGAUCUGCGCUCGGGUGCUGGGCCAGGGGGUGCGCAUGCUGCACCACGCGGACAGUGUCGAGAGUGCGGUCCACGCCGACGCUGCCUGCCGCGGGUUGAGCCCGCGGGCAGAGGCCACAGCAACAGUAGUGACGAAUGCGUCCCUGGAGCCAUGGGAGGCCAGUCUGUCGUCACAGCUGUACUACGUGAUGGUAAUGCUCUUCCGCGAUGCUGCCCAGGACAAGAUGUCUACCAUUCCUCCCGGGGAGGGUCUGGAGGCGUGGCGGCAAGCCAUCCUCGACUGGGGCCCGAAGAUCCGGACGAGGAAGGUGGGGUCGCUCAUCGAGAUCCUCACUGCAAAACUCUCUGGGGACAUCCCGCAGUCUCUCGACCAGUUCGAGCACCUGGUUCGCGAGUGCGAAGGACAGGCGGGACAACCUUUCGAUGGGGACCUCGAGAUUGGCAUUGUGAUUGUCAACAUGGUAGACGCGACCGUCCAGCAGCACUUGAUAAAGAACUCCGCCAGACUGGAGACGUGGAAGGCCAUGAAGGAGGAACUCCUUGAAAUGGCUAGAACAGAGCAGCACCUGAACUCUCAACCGAAGCCGGUGGAACUCGGCGCGACACCAACAGGCAAGAAGGGGGGCGGGAAAGGCCACAUCGCCGCAGAGUGCAAGAAGAAGGCCAAAGACGCCAAGGACAAGAAGAAGCUGGCAGCAACCCCGGAACGACCGGGAGGCAGCGACACUGCGGCUCCGCACGCCGCCUUGUUGCAGGACCGUGGCGAGGUCAGUCAUGGCUUUCUGUUGCCAAUGCUUCCUAUGUUGGAGACAGACCACCUGGCGGCGCUCCAGGGACCGAAAAGGGUGAUGGUGGACACCGGAGCGGGAGCAUCUGUUUGCCCCGCGUCCUUCGACGCUGCCGCCGCGGCAGACGCGUCUGUCGAGCCUGUGACGCUUGCGACAGCCACAGGAGAGGAGGUCCGCCUACGAGACGGCAGGCGGUCCCACCUGCAAGCCGCCGACGGCGCGGGGGUCACGUUGAGGUACAGGUCAAGUGAACAGGUGACAGUGCCUGUGGUGUCUGCGUCGGACGCCUGCGACGCAGGGAACUGGUUGGUUUUCGGCCCCGGGGUUCAUAAGGUCAUCUCGUCGCGAGAUGCCCAGGGCUUGCGCCAGGUAGCGCAGGCGACGCCUGGCCUAGACAUGGUCAGAGACAGAGGCGUGUACUGGCUGGAGCUCUGGGACGAGCAGCCGGCAGGUCUCAUCGAGCGCAGUAACUACGAGGUGGAGAAACAGUACAGGGCUUUGAAGCACAGGCUUGAGUCCGUGUACAAACAGGACUACAACGGCGAGAUAGUGGAGUUUGGUGAGUGCGUGCACCACAAGUCGCCGCUAUCCUCCGUGGGGAAGGCAGACGACAGGCCCGGAGGCGCAGGGGAAGUGGCUCAGGAGCCACACCGUGCCGCACCUGCGUCUGAAGGCGUGCCAGACGUGCACAUGCAGCAGCAGGAGCUGCCGCGACCUCUUGUGGAAGCCCCGGACCACGAGAUGGACGAAGCAGGCGACGGUUCACAGGAGAAGCGGUCAAGAACGAUCGCUGGACUGCCAACGCUGCACGAGCCCAGCUUGGUGGCGGCAGCUGUGGGAACAGCAGUUAGCUACCUCUGCUCAGCCAUGGAGGGGGAGGACCCAGAAGUGGUUCCUAUCAACAUGGACUGGAGCAAAGAGUACUUCUCAACGAAGGCCGGUGUCAAGCUUGACCCGCAGAAGGUGUACGAAGGCAAGAUCAAGGAGAUGAGGCAAAUCGAUGCUUACGAAGUUAAGCAUGAUAUCUCCUGGUCAGAUGCCAAGCAGAUGGGGCUCAAGCUGGUCAACGCCAAGUGGGUGCUUGAGCCGAAGCCUGUGGAGGCGGACCCGGAGGCAGUGCGAGCGCGCCUGGUUGCAACAGAGGUGAACGCGUACGCCAGAGAGGACGUAACGCAAUCCACACCACCAGUAAAGGUGUUUAGGAUCAUCGUAAGCCUCGCUGCGUCCAAGCAGCGCCCAGACGGCACUUGGGCAAGGCUCGUGGCAGGCUGCGACGUUUCGGUUGCAUUCUUUCGCGCAGCGUCGACGGGCAAGACAGCGGUCAUCCCGCCAGCUGACGUGCGGAAGGAAGGCUUCGUGUGGUUGUUGCGCAAAGCCAUGUGCGGCACCCGGGUGGCGAGCAAGCAGUUCGGCAGUUACGUGAUCAAAGCUCUCGUGGGUGAGGGUUUCGUCAUGAUCAUGGUCGUGCCCGUGGCGGAGGCAGAGAAGGAGGCGCUGGGCGAACUUGUCAAGAUCAUGCUGCGCCACUUCGAGGUCAAGAUACCCCCUCGUAUCGGACCGCCGAAGCACGGAGGGCAAGCCACGGAGCUGAAGCACCUCAAGCGUACGAUCCGGUGGACCAGUUGCGGAUUCGAGUGGGAGGGCAAUUUGGAGCACCUCACCAGCCUGAUGGAGUUGCAAGGCCUGCAGCCUGGAUCGCCCCGGGGCAUGACAACGCCCUCGUCGAAGGACACCGGGAAAGGUGAUCGAGACAUCACAGAUCCUCUGGCGACGGGGCCGGCGCAAUUCUUUAGGGCAGCGGCCGGUACCUUGCAGUACCUAGCAGAGGAUGUCUCGAGUGUCAAGUUCACCACGAUCACGGUCAUGGAGGGGAUGGCGACGCCUACCAAGAUGCACGCGCUGCGUCUGAACAGGUGUGCUCGUUACCUCCUUGAUCAUCCCUGCGAGAUCUGGAUCUUCGCGUGCCAGAAGAUGCCGACGCACCUGCCUGAGUAUUGCGAUUCUGAUUGGGCCGCCGACAGAGAGACGAGGAAGAGCAUGUCAUGUGUAGUUGAACGCUUUGGAGAGCACUUGAUAGAUAUGAGCGUGUCCAAACAGUCACUGCUUGCGCUGAGCUCUGGGGAGGCAGAGUUUUAUGCCAUCGUCAAAGGCGCGGCGAUGGGUGUACAGACGACGCAGGUCAUCGAGGCAAUGACGCGUCUGCCGUGCAAGUUGGUGGUUUUGAGCGACUCUUCGAAGGCCCGGAGCAUCUGUAACGGGCAGGGCAGUGGCAAGGUGCGCCAUUUAUCUGUGAAGGACCUGUGGGUGCAGGAGUUCUUCCGAGGGAAGCGCGGGGAGCUGCUCAAGGUUGACGGCUCUGUCAACUGGGCAGACCUCGGUACGAAGGCACAUCCGAAAGCGCGGCUGGACCAGCUACUCGAGAUGAUGCCGCUACGAAG